UCGCCAGCCAGCCAGCAGUGCAUCGUGUGCUUGCUGCUGCAUCUCAGUGGUUAUGAUUAUACGGUAGUAAUAUUUAGAGUUAGAGCGGGCCGCGACACAGAAGGCCGCGGAAGUCAUUCGGGUGUUAACAAAAUGGCCACGAACGACUCCAAGGCUCCCGUGCGGAUGGUUAAAAGGGUACAAUUCGGUAUCCUUUCGCCCGACGAAAUUCGUCGCAUGUCAGUGACCGAUGGCGGGAUACGCUUCCCAGAAACGAUGGAGGGUGGAAGACCAAAACUGGGCGGGUUAAUGGAUCCACGGCAGGGCGUGAUAGAUAGAAAUUCCCGAUGUCAGACGUGCGCAGGCAAUAUGACCGAGUGUCCAGGUCAUUUUGGUCACAUAGAUUUGGCAAAGCCAGUAUUUCACGUUGGUUUCAUGACAAAAACGAUAAAAAUAUUACGUUGCGUCUGCUAUUAUUGCUCGAAGCUUUUGGUUACACCUUCUAAUCCAAAAAUCAAAGAGAUAGUGAUGAAGACAAAAGGUCAACCUCGUAAGAGACUUACCUUUGUUUACGAUUUGUGCAAGAGUAAAAAUAUUUGCGAGGGCGGUGACGAGAUGGACAUAACCAAGGAGGGUCAAGAGAUAGCACCGACCGAUCGUAAACCUGGCCACGGUGGUUGCGGACGUUAUCAGCCAAAUUUCCGUCGAUCCGGUUUGGAUGUGAGCGCAGAAUGGAAACACAUAAAUGAGGAUUCUCAGGAUAGAAAAAUAGUGUUGACAGCUGAGAGAGCAUGGGAAAUAUUGAAACACAUAACGGACGAGGAUUCGUUUAUACUCGGUAUGGAUCCAAAAUUCGCUCGUCCCGAUUGGAUGAUAGUAACGGUAUUGCCUGUACCACCAUUGUCAGUACGUCCAGCGGUAAUAAUGUACGGAUCAGCGAAAAAUCAGGAUGAUCUUACUCACAAGUUGGCCGAUAUAAUAAAAACGAACAACGAAUUAUUGAGAAACGAGCAGGCAGGCGGUGCUGCUCACGUUAUUAUGGAAAAUGUGAAAUUGUUACAGUUCCAUGUGGCAACGUUGGUUGACAACGACAUGCCGGGUAUGCCAAGAGCGAUGCAAAAAUCGGGUAAACCAUUGAAAGCGAUAAAAGCUCGCCUCAAGGGUAAGGAAGGUCGUAUACGGGGCAAUUUGAUGGGUAAACGAGUUGAUUUUUCGGCCCGUACCGUAAUUACACCGGAUCCAAAUUUGCGUAUCGAUCAAGUCGGUGUACCCCGUAGUAUAGCACAAAAUUUGACCUUCCCGGAGAUCGUAACGCCUUUCAACAUCGACAAGAUGCAGGAGCUCGUGAGACGCGGCAAUUCUCAGUACCCCGGAGCGAAAUAUAUAGUUCGAGACAACGGCGAACGCAUAGAUUUGAGAUUUCAUCCAAAACCAUCGGAUCUUCACCUGCAGUGCGGAUAUCGCGUGGAGCGGCACAUACGAGACGGUGAUCUAGUGAUCUUCAAUCGUCAGCCGACCCUUCACAAAAUGAGUAUGAUGGGACACAGAGUAAAGGUUUUACCGUGGAGUACAUUCCGUAUGAAUCUCAGUUGUACGUCACCGUACAACGCCGAUUUCGACGGCGAUGAGAUGAAUUUACACGUGCCUCAAUCAAUGGAAACCCGGGCUGAGGUUGAGAAUAUUCACGUAACGCCGCGUCAAAUAAUAACGCCACAAGCUAACAAGCCCGUGAUGGGUAUCGUACAGGAUACGUUGACCGCGGUUCGUAAAAUGACAAAGAGGGAUGUUUUCAUUGAGAAAGAACAGAUGAUGAAUAUUCUCAUGUUUUUACCGAAUUGGGAUGGAAAAAUGCCACAACCGAGUAUACUUAAGCCAAAAUCAUUGUGGACGGGUAAACAAAUAUUUUCGUUGAUCAUACCGGGGAAUGUAAAUUUGAUAAGAACUCAUAGUACGCAUCCGGACGAAGAGGACGACGGUCCUUACAAAUGGAUUUCACCGGGUGAUACCAAAGUCAUGGUCGAACACGGUGAGCUGGUGAUGGGAAUACUCUGUAAAUCGACUCUUGGCACGUCUGCCGGUUCUUUGCUCCAUAUAUGUAUGUUGGAGCUCGGUCACGAGGUGUGCGGAAGAUUUUACGGUAAUAUACAAACGGUUAUAAAUCACUGGCUCUUGCUCGAAGGGCAUUCCAUCGGUAUCGGGGAUACUAUCGCAGAUCCCGACACGUACAAAGAGAUUCAGAAGGCUAUAAGAAAAGCUAAGGAGGAUGUAAUAGAAGUUAUACAAAAGGCGCACAAUAUGGAACUGGAACCGACGCCUGGUAACACGCUCAGGCAGACAUUUGAGAAUCAGGUGAAUCGUAUAUUGAACGAUGCUCGUGACAAGACCGGCGGUUCCGCCAAGAAAUCACUCACCGAAUACAACAAUUUGAAGGCGAUGGUGGUCGCAGGCUCGAAAGGCUCAAACAUCAACAUAUCGCAGGUUAUCGCUUGUGUCGGACAACAAAACGUCGAAGGUAAACGCAUACCGUUUGGUUUUCGUAAAAGAACUCUGCCGCACUUCAUCAAGGACGAUUACGGUCCCGAGUCACGUGGAUUCGUUGAGAACUCGUAUCUCGCCGGGCUUACCCCGUCAGAAUUUUAUUUUCACGCUAUGGGCGGACGGGAGGGUCUCAUCGAUACAGCUGUCAAGACUGCCGAGACCGGUUAUAUUCAGAGACGGUUGAUCAAAGCUAUGGAGUCGGUAAUGGUUCAUUACGACGGUACUGUAAGAAAUUCGGUCGGACAACUUAUCCAGUUGCGUUACGGAGAGGACGGACUUUGCGGUGAGACCGUGGAGUUUCAAAAUUUACCGACCAUCAAGCUGAGCAACAAGGCUUUCGAGAAAAAAUUCAAAUUUGAUCCGACCAACGAGCGAUAUCUGAGGCGCAUAUUCAGCGAGGAUAUCGUACGUGAAAUGAUGGGUUCGGGAGAAGUUAUAUCCGAGCUUGAACGCGAAUGGGACCAAUUGAAUCGAGAUCGCGCUGUUCUCCGUGAAAUUUUUCCCAGCGGCGAGUCCAAAGUCGUUCAACCGUGCAACUUGCAACGCAUGAUUUGGAACGUUCAAAAGAUUUUUCACAUCAACAAAAGAGUACCUACGGAUUUGAGUCCGAUGAGGGUUAUUCAAGGCGUUAAAGAUUUAUUGGAAAAAUGCAUAAUCGUCGCUGGCGAGGACCGUUUGAGUAAACAGGCAAAUGAGAACGCAACGUUGCUAUUCCGUUGUCUCGUUAGAUCGACCCUGUGCACCAAAUGCGUAUCCGAACAGUUUCGAUUGUCGAGCGAGGCCUUCGAGUGGUUGAUCGGUGAAAUUGAGACGAGAUUCCAACAGGCACAAGUAUCGCCUGGCGAAAUGGUUGGCGCGCUUGCUGCCCAAUCCCUCGGCGAACCUGCCACACAGAUGACUCUCAAUACUUUUCAUUUUGCCGGUGUCUCAUCCAAAAACGUGACGCUCGGUGUACCGAGAUUGAAGGAAAUCAUAAACAUAAGUAAAAAACCGAAAGCUCCGUCCUUGACUGUUUUUCUCACGGGUGCUGCCGCGAGGGACGCUGAAAAAGCAAAAAACGUUUUGUGCCGAUUGGAGCACACUACCUUGAGAAAAGUAACCGCGAAUACGGCUAUCUAUUACGAUCCUGAUCCGCAAAAUACGGUUAUCGCCGAGGAUCAAGAAUUCGUCAACGUUUAUUACGAAAUGCCCGAUUUCGAUCCUACCAAAAUUUCCCCUUGGUUGUUACGCAUCGAGCUUGAUCGCAAGAGAAUGACCGAUAAAAAAUUGACCAUGGAACAAAUUGCUGAAAAAAUCAAUGCCGGCUUUGGUGAUGAUUUGAAUUGUAUUUUCAACGACGAUAAUGCCGAAAAAUUGGUUCUCCGUAUAAGAAUAAUGAACAGCGAUGACAGCAAGUUCCAGGACACCGAAGAAGAAACUGUCGAUAAAAUGGAGGACGAUAUGUUUUUGCGUUGUAUCGAGGCUAAUAUGCUGAGCGACAUGACGCUCCAGGGUAUCGAAGCAAUCGGCAAAGUUUACAUGCAUUUGCCACAAACGGAUUCGAAGAAACGAAUAAUAAUCACCGACACCGGCGAAUUCAAAGCAAUCGCCGAAUGGUUGCUCGAAACCGACGGUACAAGUUUGAUGAAAGUUCUUAGUGAACGCGAUGUCGAUCCCGUAAGAACUUUCAGCAACGAUAUCUGCGAAAUAUUUCAAGUACUCGGUAUCGAAGCCGUGCGAAAAUCGGUUGAGAAAGAGAUGAACGCCGUCCUACAGUUUUAUGGACUUUACGUCAAUUAUCGCCAUCUCGCUCUUCUUUGCGACGUUAUGACCGCGAAAGGACAUCUCAUGGCCAUUACCCGCCACGGUAUCAAUAGACAAGACACCGGAGCCCUCAUGAGAUGCUCGUUCGAAGAAACCGUUGACGUUCUCCUCGAUGCUGCUUCCCACGCCGAGGUUGAUCCUAUGAGAGGAGUUUCCGAGAAUAUUAUAAUGGGACAAUUGCCAAGAAUUGGAACUGGUUGUUUCGAUCUUUUGCUGGAUGCGGAAAAGUGCAAAGCCGGAAUUGAAAUUCCCAUGGCAGUGGGAGCGGGGGUGAUGGGAGGUGCCGGAAUGUUCUUCGGAAGUGCAGCAACGCCGAGCAUGAGUCCUCAAAUGACACCGUGGAAUCAGAUGGGUUCGACACCGGGUUACGGAGCUUCGAGCAUGUCACCGACAUUGGGAAGCGGAAUGACGCCGGGUGGUGCCUGUUUCUCACCGUCAGGAGCGUCGGACGCAUCGGGUUUGUCACCGGCGUAUUCGGCAUAUUCGCCGCAGCCAGGAAGUCCAGGAAGUCCCGGGCCGAGUAUGAGUCCGUAUCCGAUGUCUCCGGCUGGUGGCGCAUCUCCGAGUUAUUCACCUACCUCGCCGGCCUAUUUGCCAACUUCACCGAGCAUGACACCCUCCAGUCCGAAUUAUUCUCCGACGAGUCCGACGUAUUCGCCGACAAGUCCGAACUAUUCGCCAACGAGCCCGAGUUAUUCACCGACGAGUCCGGGCUAUUCACCGGCAAGCCCGAGCUAUUCGCCAACCUCACCGAGCUACUCGCCUACCUCGCCGAAUUAUUCCCCAACCAGUCCAAGCUAUUCACCAACAAGCCCGAGUUAUUCACCCACCAGUCCCAGUUAUUCGCCAACCAGUCACAGUUAUUCACCGACCAGUCCGAGUUAUUCCCCGACCAGUCCGAGUUAUUCACCGACCAGUCCAGGCUACUCACCAACGAGUCCUAGUUAUUCACCAACGAGUCCGGGUUAUUCGCCGACCAGUCCGAGUUACUCGCCAACCAGCCCCAGCUAUUCUCCAUCCUCCCCGAAUUACACGCCAGGCUCACCCUCUUACUCACCAACCAGUCCGUCUUACUCCCCAAGCUCGCCCCAAUAUUCACCAGCGAGUCCGAGCUAUUCGCCCAGUAGCCCCAAAUAUUCUCCCACGAGUCCGAGCUACUCGCCAACUUCGCCCUCCUUCGCCGGUACUUCACCUCAAUAUACACCGACAAGUCCAACUUAUUCACCAACCAGUCCGACUUAUUCGCCAACCAGUCCGAGUUAUUCACCCAGCUCACCGCAACAUACCGCCGCCGGAAGUACGAGAUACUCACCGAGCAGCCCCAAUUAUUCACCCACCAGUCCAACAUAUUCACCAUCGAGUCCGCAGUACUCACCCUCCAGCACCAAAUAUUCACCUACCAGUCCUACUUACACUCCAACGAGUCCGAGCUAUUCACCCACUAGCCCGACUUAUUCACCUCCCGUUCCAGGUUAUUCUCCCACAAGUCCUACUUAUUCACCGGCUUCACCGGCUUACGAGACCGACGAUUGAAAUAAUCGAUCAUCACCACCGAACUCGUCGUGAAACUCGGCCCGCGACACGAUUCUCACUUCCAAACUUGCACUAUUUUAUCAUUUCAUUAUUUCUCUUUUCUCUCUCUCUCUCUCUCUCUCUCUUCACACUCCCGAUCACAAAGAAUAUCUGUUGAAGAAUGUUUUGAAAAAAAUUGUCACUCGAUUCGAUCGAUUCAAUCGAAACAAUACAACGUUCUAAUUAACGAAAACUUUAUGGAUGGGGUGGAAAGCUUGAGAGGAUGGUUUUAUUUUUACAAUACUGUCCGAUGGAUUGGAUCAAAGUUUCACGCGUGUACAGCAACUGAUGUAUUUCAAUCGUUAUACUUAUCAAUACGAUUACUACGUUUUAAUUAUAUCGAAUGAUGGAAACAAAAUAUUGUUUUCCAUCUUCCACAGGUCAGUCUUGUUUAAUACUUGUGAGACUACUCUUGUUUGCAAUUUCUCUCUCUCUCUCUCUCUCUCUUUCUUGCGACUACUGCAGUGAUUACGUGCAUACCUAUUUCCAAGAGAUAAUAAGGAUUUCAUAAGUUAUUCAUUGAUAUUUGUACGUUAUUCUCUAUUGCGGCCGAUAACCGUUGACUUGUUUACUUUCUCGUUAAAACGAAAUGCGAUUGGUGUUGUACGAAUGUUCAAACGAUAAUGGAAAUUAUUCCGAAUAAGCGAACGAGCUGGCCCAUGCUCGCAAAGAGGUCUAAAAAGUUUCUCAAUACGUAUAUUUUUUUGUAAAUAAAUUUCAUGGUUGAACGAACAAUAAAGAGUUUUUAUUUUGAUCAUUGUAUGAUCAGUAUGAAA